UAAACUUGAUCAAUAAAAAAAUGAAAUAAACCAUUAUGGAAAAUCGUUGUUGUGUGGCUUGUCUCCUGGAUGAAACCAAAAUCGCCAUAAAAACUGACAUUUCUGAAGACAUAAUCGAAACUUAUAAAAUUUUAGUGCAAUAUGAGGUCAACCAACUGAACCAUGAACCGAAAGAUUUUUGCUCGAAAUGUGUGGAAAAGUUAACUUUAAUUCAGAAUUUCAUGAAAAAAUGCCUAAAAUCCAUCGAAAAACUCAAAAAACACGAGCCGGAAGAAAAUUCUUUCAUUACGGUUUUUAUCAAGCAAGAAAUUCUCGAAGAACAAGACGAAAGUGAGAUAAUUGAACAUGAAAAUGUUGAAAUUAAGUACUUGGAGGAGUCAUCACAACCUGAUGAGGUACAAUUUGAAGUAAAUUCUGAGCAAUCGGGUGUGAAGUCGGCUAAUAAUUUCCCGAAUUUAGCAGAAAUUGAGGUUUUUGUCCCCAAAAAACUUGGAAGACCAAAGAAAAAAGAAGAAGAAAAGAAAAAAGUGACUCGAAAUACUGAACAAAUUUAUUGUGCUCAUUGUCACAAAUAUUAUUUCAACAGAGUUUCACUCGCGAGACACAUUCGGAAGAAGCAUCAAGGCGGUUUGGAAUGCAAAUACUGCUGUCGGAUCUUCAUGGACAGGGAAAAGUACGAAAUUCACAUGACAGAAAAGGCUCCGAUCGAAAAAGAAGCUAAAGAAAGCGGAAAAAAGGAGAAAAGUUACUUUUGUGAGCAUUGUGGGUACAGUACGCCUCACAAUUCGACCAUGCACACACACAUGCAAAUGUAUCAUUUGAACGAAUCUGAGAAAAUUUGCGAUUUUUGUGGAAAAGGGUUCAAAUUGAAGCACGCUUUGGUCCAACACAUGCGACGACGACACAUGGAAAAGAAACAUUUUUGCUCAGAAUGCAACGAAAAGUUCCCCGAAUUGCAUUUGCUGCGAAAACACGAGAAAUUUUUCCACAGCGAAGGCUCGCGACCCGACGGAAAUGCUCAAUGCAAAUUCUGCGGCGACUUUUUCAAGGCACAUUACCUCAUGAAGCACAUCCAAGGUGUUCAUAUGAAGCUCAAACUCUACAAAUGUGAGCAUUGCAACAAUUCCUUUGACACGGCACACCAAAGGUACAUGCAUGUAAAGCGAGUGCAUGAAAUCGAGAACGUCACUUGCGAAUUAUGCGCGAAAGAAAUGACGAAACAGCAUUACCGGAGACACAUGGCGAGCGUUCAUGACGUUCAAAUUGCGCCGAAAACGAGUUAUAAAAGAGUUACGAUGCCAAAAAAUUACCAACGCGAGGCGUGGGAUAAGAAAAAACGAGAAAAUCAAGCGAAAAGGGGCAAAAUAAAAGAAAAUGGCACAGACGAAGUAAAAAAAGAAGCGAAAAAGCCGUGCGAGCAAUGUGAUGAGAUUUUUGCGAGUUCGAGGGAAUUGAAGCAACAUCAAAUUCGGAAACAUUACGAUUCGGCAACUUUAUCGAAAUAUAUGCCGUGUCAGGUUUGCGAAGAUUUGGUGCUGAAAAGGGGAAUGUGGCAUCAUCUGACAUUGACGCAUAGUGACACGAAGCAGUUUCAGUGUGGAUUGUGCAAGUCGGCUUUUAAGUCGAAAGGCGGAUUGGAUGAACAUCAUAAUACGAAGCAUCUCGGAAUUAAGAUGUUCAAAUGCACUCACUGCUCCGAAGCAUACGACAAAAACAGCUUACUCCGAAGGCAUUUUGAGCGAAUUCAUGGCUUAACUUACACAGCGGAAGAAUUACGAAACGUCCUUGGACUGAGGCCUUUAAAACUAUUCAAACCAACAUUAAAACAAGAAUCAAACCAAAUAUCAUAAAAAAUAAUAAAUUUUAUUUUAAUUCCAAUUAUUUACACAUUUUUCCUUAACAAUUCUUAACCAAAUUGUGUAAAUUUGAGCAUUUUUUCC